UCGGCACGGAACUCAAGUUUAGUCCGCGCCUCGGGAUUCUACACGGCUCCUGGUGUGGCGAGCCAGUGGCAGAAAAUAUACGGAGAAAUCAUUUCGACGCGAGGAAAAAGAAAAGUCGACGGAUUCGUCGGGUGUGCACCGUAUCUUUUGUAACGCGGUCACGGAUCCUUUUUCCAUCGAGAUGGUCACGUUAUUGUCGUCGUUCGCCGUGCCGAUUCCCGACGACGAUCGUUCAUAGAUCGAGUGUCGCUGCACUCGAGGGUACAGCGAAACACAGUGCCCACACGGAAGUAGUAUCGUGCACCGUAUCGUUCGUGAAUUUUAAGGUAAAGGACAGAUAGACACAGCGAGGGGGACGGACGGACAGACGGAUAGUGAAAAAAAAAACACACACACACGGAAUAGAGUUACAUUAAAUGUUGUGUACUAUGUGGGACGUCGCGUCGAGUGACAUCGUAGCCUGGAGACAAAAUGGGGCCCGUUGAUCGGGCCCGGAAGAUCUCAGGGGUCCGAUUAUCAACGGAGGUAUGGAUGUCAUCGGGGACGGGGACGAGCAAACCCUCCAGGCGAUUCUCGGUCGGGGCGAUUUCGUCGGAGGCAUAGACAACGAGGCCCUGGACUUCUCGCAAUUGGAAGAUUUUAUUAACAGCGACAGCGAACAACCGGCCACAUAUUUCGCGGACACCCUUGCACACAAUGAAAAUGGGGGUGGAACGACGACGCACGGCGGCCGCGUCGAGACGACGGUUACUCAACAACCACCGUCUCGAUUACCCUCUCCGAUCACCCAAAAUCAUCCGGUCUCGAGUACGUGCACAUCCGGUACCACGACCGUACCAAACGGCACUACUUACAAGGAUCCACAAUCGUACGUUCACCCACACGCGUUACCAGAAAGUCCACCGGACAGCGGUAGCGAACCACCGUAUUCGCCGCCUGGCCACAACGACACGCAACAUGUACAUUCGCCGCAUCAAAAGGUAGCUCUUCAAGAGAUGCUUCUGCAUCAUCAAGGAAAUCAGACUAACUACGCUUCAAAUUUAUUACCCUCGUCGCCGAGGACCUUAACCACGUCCACGGAUCCUAUGUUACUGACACAUUCGGUCUUGACGUCCCAUCUCGCGCCCGGUACACCUAAUCUACAAUCCCAACAGCAGAUAGGCCAAACAUUGGUGCCCUUGCCGCACGAGCACAGCCCUGGUAACAUCAACACGUUGUACUCGUCGCUGCAAUCGGCCCCCAAGAAAAGAAAAUUGAGCCAAGACGGUCUUGUCCACGUGAAGCAGGUGCAACGAGUAAAAUUUCCGGAGCCUGAAUUGGGCACAGUGGAGCACAGUUGUAGCAGCAGCAGUGCAGUGCUCGAUGGCGACGAGGUCGCGGAUAACAGCUAUAUCGAUGCUAGCUAUCAGUGCAUCCGAUUUCAUCCCUUUCAACAAACAUCUUGGCACGUUCUUUGCGACCAUAAUCUCAAAGAACUCCCAGUGCCGCAUUACCGCGUGGACGCUGACAAGGGAUUUAAUUUCAGCAACUCGGACGACGCGUUCGUGUGCCAGAAAAAGAAUCAUUUUCAGAUCACCUGCCAUGCUCAGCUCCAAGGCGAAGCUAUAUUCGUCAGAACCGGUGAGGGUUUGAAAAAGAUAAGUAGCUUCCAAUUACACUUUUACGGCGUCAAAGUCGAGUCGCCGACGCAGACGAUCAGAGUCGAGCAGAGUCAAAGCGACAGAAGUAAGAAACCGUUUCAUCCCGUGACAGCUGCUUUCAGGGUGGAACUGGGCGGCGAGCGUGUUACGAAGGUAACCGUUGGCCGUCUUCACUUUAGUGAAACGACCAGCAACAACAUGCGGAAGAAAGGGAAACCGAACCCGGAUCAGAGAUAUUUUCAUUUGGUGGUCGGUCUCCACGCUCACACCGCGGACCAAGCCAGCUACCAAGUGGUUGCUCACGCGUCGGAAAGAAUAAUCGUCAGGGCAAGUAAUCCGGGACAGUUUGAAUCGGAAGGCAGCGGCGUCGGCGCCGAAGGUGGUUGGCAAAGAGGAGCUGCACCUGAUAGCGUUUAUCAUGCUGGUCGAGUCGGAAUUAACACGGACAGGCCAGACGAAGCUCUGGUGGUCCACGGUAACAUGAAAGUGACAGGUCAUAUUGUUCAGCCCAGCGACGCUCGAGCAAAACAGAACGUGCAGGAGGUGGAUACGCGUGAACAGUUACGAAACGUGCAACAGCUGAGAGUAGUUCGCUAUAGAUACGCUCCAGAAUUCGCGCAACACUCGGGGUUGGGUAUCAAACACCAUGAAGACACGGGUGUUAUCGCGCAAGAAGUUCAGCAAAUAUUACCGGAAGCCGUACUACCGGCUGGCGAUAUAGUCCUUCCGAACGGUCAGAGGAUCGAGAACUUUUUGGUAGUCAACAAGGAAAGAAUAUUCAUGGAGAAUGUCGGUGCCGUGAAAGAACUAUGUAAAGUAACGGAUAGCUUGGAAACGCGCAUAGACCAAUUGGAAAGAAUAAACAAACGGCUAGCGAAACUGAAGAGAGGCGACAGCCUCAAGAGUUCAAUUAGUACAAUAUCUAGCAUAUCAAGUAACAAAUACUCAUCGUCUAUAAAUAAUAAGACCACUGUACAGGGAAAGGUGAAAAAGAGCGAGCGCGAAGACGAGCUCCUUUGCAGUAACAAAUUUAUUCAGAUCAUCAUUGUUAUACUUAUCCUAAUCAUGGCGUUUUGCUUAGUUGCGAUGGCGACAUUAUACUUCUUAGAAUAUCAAAAACGCAGUAGUCUCGAAUGGUCUGCAGUAGCGAGCAAUGGUAUGUUGGCUAUCAGACCGGCUCGUCCGUCGACAGUAUCGAGUACACCUAAUUACGAUCCUCGGUACAAUUCGUUGCUGGACAGUACGUUGUCGUCGUCGUACACUAAACACGGAUCGCAAAGCAGAGGAUCGGAUGGUAGUUUGUCCAUUAAAAGCAACGCACUUUCCACGCAAGCGCCGCACACGAAACAGCAGCUCUAUUCUCAAGAAAUUACUUGGUAUCCGAUAAGUCAUUCGGGGCCACAACCGAAGCUAGAGAAAAAUAGUGAAAUUCGUGAAAAUUGGCUGAGAAAUGCAGAUGCUAUCCCCCAUAACGUAGAUGAAAACGAUCAAGGGUCGGACGUAGACUCUUCGUCCGUGACCAAAGGUCCUAUUCCUUUAGGUAGACCAGUAAAUUGUCCAAGGCAUUUUACCGAAUUUAAAAAUCCGUGCCAGGUUUAUUGUUGCACGACUAAAAUCCAUCAAUUCGAGGAUUCCCAACCUGAUCACCCUCCGGAAAAGAAAUCAAUUUCAGAUCAUAUAGAACAGCCAUUGAACGUGCACGAAGAGAAACGUAAGAUAAGCAAAGGUUUUCAAAACGGUAUCAGUCCAUCCGAUCCAAGUACACAAACGCUCGUGAAAGAGAAUAAUUAUAAGUAUCUACAUAAGAGAACAAGAAGAGAAACUGGGGGUGGUGACUGGGGGGAAGUUGCCAGUAACGCGGCAGGAUCACUACCACCGGAACCUAAACCACAAUUGCGGAUAGUAGGAGACAGUUUUAACACUUCUCUCGAUCAAAAGUAUUGCUCUGCGUCGUCGCAGGAUGCACAGAAUAAUAUUACUUGUGUCGUGCCUUUGUCCAAAUAUAUGCCAGACACACAUCUUACAUUACAUUUUGUCGGAAUGCCUUGGUAUUGGCAAAUAGUGCAACAAUGCUCGUUACCGGCAAGUUCUGGCUUGGAUGAAUCUAUGGUAUGCGGUCAGAAAUACACGAUGCAGCAACCAGCUCAAUAUAUUGAAAGUAACAGUCAACCAGGAGACCAAUUAUUUCCUCUCGAUGUUGCUCAUUAUCUCAGGAAAACAUUGAGGUUUCGUGUACCUACUGUACAACCACAAGAGAAUAUUUGUAAGAAUAAGCACGGUGUCGAUUAUUCGGAAUACACAUUGCACUUCUACCGAGAUUGCGACGAAUAAAUAAUUUUUUAACGAUAUUACAAUUCACAGGGAAUUUAAUGUCAAGAUUUCUAUUUCUUGUCUGAAAUAUUGUUGAAUCUAAAUAGCAGGACCUUCUCGUGCCUUCGUAACGUAUUCCGUCUCUGAUAUUUCCAAGUAUAAAAUUCUAUACAGCAUAUUUGAUUUUAUAUAUAAAUAUCAUAUAUACAUAUAUAUAAAAUCAAACUGUAAUUGUGUUUUAUAUGUUAUUGCAAUGUAAUAUGUAGUGCGACGAUUAUAAUUAUUAACAAAAAUGAUUAGAUCUUACAGACUCAAGUAGUAAAAAUAAUACAGUAGAAUUUAAAACUUUCUUUUCGUUAUUUAGGAAAGUAUUCGUACUAUUUUUCUCACCUCAUCGACGAUAUAUCGGAUAUUAUAAAAUAUUAUUAAAAUAUUUGAUAGUUGAUGGGUGACAGUUUAAAUACCCUACGAUUUUCAAAGAAAUCUCUACAUUCUUUGCUGGAACUACAUACGAGAGCAACGCUUAUGUCUUACACGUCUAUUGAAUCAGAAUUAUGAUAGGUGAUAUUACACCGUCAAGUGUAAAAUAUUGUACAAAGUAAACGGGACUAACGUUAAAGACUAAAUUUUAAAGAUCAUGUAUAUAUUUUUUCAAAAGUGUAAACACGUAUGAAAUACACCCAUCAACUAUAAUGUAAUAUUAGCAUACUGUUUCACUUGUUUUCACAUUUAUUUAUACUUGUGUACAAAGUAUAAUCAUUAUCAAACAUAUGCGUUUGUGAACAAAUAUUCGUAGUAGAUAUAUUACGAGUAAAAGUUUCUAUAGGAUCAAUAUUUUAAUUGAACCUAUAUAUUUCAUAUCUUGACAUUAAUUUAUUAAUACAUUCUAUGUAUAGUCCAUAUUUCAAUAUUAAUUGAUAUAUAUACAUAUACAUAUUUUACAAGAACAACAUGUAUCACAUAGAAACGUGAUAGGUGAUAUAUUCUUUAUAAAAUAAAUUCAAUUUUGUGAUCAGCAAUCAAGCGAUCAAAGACUUUAAAGCAUUGCAAUAAUUGUUAAAUAAUGCCUAUUUGCAAAGAUGAAGCGAUGUACAAAGAGAUAUUGAAAUUACUUAGUUUGUUUUCAUUUUUUUUUGUUAGUUCAAACACUUAUUUACAGACAUUGAUUUCCUUUCAAGGUUUCACUUCAUUUCAAAUACGUAUCUUUUCUAAGAAAAGAACUGAAGCGUUUCGACGCUUAAUUAUUUUAAUGCAAAUGACGAUAGAUGUUUAUAAAACGCGAUAUUAUAGAAUUUCAAGUUCCUAAAAGGUAUUGUAUAAUAAUUGUCUAUUUCGUAAAUUAGAAGUAGGUGGAUAUAUUUUAUUUGCACUUACGGUCUAAAUAGUUAUUAGUUGCAUAUAAGUAGAUUCCCACUAUUGUCAUUAUUACUAGUGUUGCUAUCACUACUAUUGUUGCUAUAAUAUGUAAUAAGACUAUUGCUGCUGUUAUUACCUAAUGUCGCUAUAUAAUCAAUAUACAUAUUGGAUUGAAAUUAUGAUUUCCGUUUAUGAGAUUUCAGAUGCUGUGUUGUAAAUUAAUUAAGAAUUCUCGAUAGUAUUUAAUAUAACAUCUCUGUUUUGUGAAUUUUUUUUGUAUCAAACGGUACGUCAGUAUCUUACUGAAAUAAUAGGAUCUAAAGAGAUUGUCAUAUUAUAUACUUUUGCAUAAAUUAUUUCACGCUUCUUCUGUGUCGUUACUCAAUUUUGCUUUGUAAGUAAAUUUACUUUAUCCAUACAUAGGCAAAAUUGUACAACAUUGCCAGUUAACAUUCAUCAUGUUAUUAGAAACUCGAUGGUAGGCCGUUCAUUUUUCGAAUUCUUUAUUUAUGCGUGAGUAUAGAUGGUGAUCAUACGAUUUCUGCCGUCCAUAUGUUUUUCCGUACAUGAAAAUGUUUACGCUAACUUAUAAAUGAAUAUUGAUCCAUUCAACGAUAUAUUUUUACAUAACAUUAGCUCAUGUGGAGAAGCUUCUGGAUAGCCCGUACCAUUUUCGUAUAUGUGAAUCAUGUAAAAAGAUGGAAACAUUAUUGUACAAUAAUAUGUAACUGAAGUGCAAGUAUAUCGCAAUAUGUUAGUGUAUAAGUCUCCAUUAUCCCAUAAAAGAAAUAUACAGGGAUUCUAAAUUUUUAUUUGAAGUUUUUGUUAUCAUCUUAAAGAUUUUUCAAACUUGAUUUCUCUCGAUAUAUCUUAUAAUUUGUGUCGAUCAAUAUAUAAUCAGGUGAAAUGCAAACAGAUUUUUCAAUAAUGAAAAAAUGUCAAGCUCAUGA